CCCACGCUGUGGCCCACCGGAGAGGUCGCAGGCAGCGUGUGGUCGUCGCCAGUUACGGUGGCGCCAGUCCGCCGCCGAAGCUGGUGACCUUCCUCGGCAAGGGCGGCUCCGGCAAGACUACCGCGGCCACCAUCGCCGCUCAGGUGACAAAUUUGCUCUUUGACUCUAUCCCUUGAUCGUAUUUGUCAUUGUUUUGAUGACAAAUUUUAGUUUUGGUGUGAGCUCGCUGAUGCAUCGAUGACUUGCUAAAAACUGACUGCAAGCCUGCAAUGUUGCUCUGGAGAACAGCAAUGAUGCUGCGGUAUUAUGCAAAUGAAGGCUUCAGGACAUGCCUGGUUGUUCAGUCCCAAGAUCCUACCGCAGAGCAAUUGAUGGGCAGUAAAAUUGGGAAUUCUCUGACCGAGUGUGCGGCCAAUCUCUCGGCCAUAAAGCUGGAGACUAGUAAGUUGCUGCUUGAACCCCUGGACCGGAUGAAGAAGGUAGACGCCCAGGUCAAUUUCACUCAAGGAAUCCUUGAAGGGAUUGUAGGAGAGGAACUUGGAGUUUUACCCGGAAUGGAUUCGAUCUGUUCAGUCUUAGCUCUUCAGAAGCUCCUUCACUUCUUUUCAGCUGGAAGGAGUAAUUCACAACCCGAAUUUGAUGUGAUCGUGUAUGAUUGCAACAAUACGGAGGAAAUUCUGCGGCUGAUAGGUGCUACUGAUCGAGCAAGGUCUUACUUGAGGUAUGUGAGGGACCUAGCUGAGAAGACUGACAUGGGAAGACUUGCUUCUCCUUCAUUACUGAAACUAGUAUAUGAUUCUGCAAGGCCAAAUGGCAAAACUAGUGAGGGGAGACUUAGUACAGAGAUAUGGAAUGAAAUCGAACAACUACUUGAGAAAGUCUCAGUAUGGUUUGCCGAUCCUUCAAAACUUGCAUGCUUCCUUAUCAUGGAUCCUAGGAGAUCAAUCUCUGUAUCCUCUGCAUUACGAUACUGGGGUUGUACCACUCAAGCUGGCGGUCAAAUAUGUGGGGCAUUUGGAUAUACUGAAGACCCUUCUGAAAUGCACCAAGAAGUUGCUCAAAAGUUCUUGCCAUUGUCUUUGUCGUUCCUGCCAUUUCUCCCAAAUGAUUCUUCUGCAGAUUGGAGCAGAGCACUAAGCUCAUUGAGCCAAAAUGCAAAGGAACAGCUGAGGAAUACGUCCACCUUGGUGUAUCCUUCAGUCAGUUUUGAUUCUGUUCAGAAAUCUGUAACCCUUUUCAUGCCAGGCUUUGAUAAGUCGGAAAUCAAGCUAUAUCAAUAUAGAGGUGGAUCGGAACUGUUGAUCGAAGCUGGAGAUCAGAGGCGCGUCAUAAAAUUGCCACCUACUAUGCAGGGAAAGGUCGGAGGUGCCAAAUUCGUGGACAGGAACCUUAUUGUUAGCAUCCGGUAGCAGAAUCGCGGGCACCGGCUGGGGUUGGAGCCCCCCACUUCAGAUUGGCAGUUAACUGCCGACUAAUGAGCACUACGAUCGGGAUUGCAUUUCUGUUCGUAGCCUGAAUUUUGUGAUGCUGUUCGUUUCAGCUUUCAACCAAAGUGAAACUGCAGUCUUACUAUUUUCUGAAGAGGUGCGCGACACGCCGAUACUCGAGUAAAUAGUAAUCUGGCAAUUUUUUGCACUGCUUUUGUGGUUAGGAAAGAACGGUGUUGCAAAUGGGCCUGUGGUUCCAUUGUAGAGCAGUAAAUUGGGAUUUUUGCAGUGGUACUGUA